UCCAGUCCAUCUCCUCAUCUCUUGAAUGAGGUGCUCCCUCAGCUUGAUUCUGAUGUUGUGGAGGCUUUGCGCCCUGUGGUUGGAAUGAGCAGUGUGGAGGGCGAUGCUACAGCAUUGUCAGAGCGCGAAAUCGAGGUGGCCUGUGUGAAGGCCACUGAGGCGCAGUUUGAACGCCGCGUAGUCUGUGGCCUUGGCGUGGCUCGCCAGGUGGGCAAUAUGUAUACUGCUUCACUUUAUGCCAAUCUGGCUUGCCUAAUUUCCAGGUAA